GCCAUCAACAAACCUCGCCUGGCGUCCAACCCAUCCAGUCAACUCGCAUCCAACAGUCCAGCAACAUCUGCAGCAGCAACAUGAAGUUCUUGUGUGUUUUCGUCAUCCUGGCCAUUUGUUUGGUGGGCACCUGGGCUGCAGUUUCGGAGCCCGCCCCUGAAGCCCUGGAGCCGGAGGCAUCCGCAGUCGAUGAGAAGAAGACGGAGAAGAGAGGCAUCUACGGAUUCGGUCACGGAUACGGCGGCUACGGCGGAUACGGUGGCUACGGACAUGGUCACUACGGCGGCUACGAGCUGGGAAGUCCCUAUUACGGGGGCUACGGAUACGUACAUGCGGCGCCCUACUACGGCGGACACCAUGGCUACUAUCCGUAUCACCAUGGGCACUACGGCUUCUACUAGGAUCACCAUCCAUCCAUGAUCAUAAUACAUACGUUUUUUUUUCUAAAUCGCUUCACGCUCAUCACUGCACUAUCAUACAUAUAUAUAUAUUUGUUUUCGUGAAUCAUUGACAACAUAAUAAAUGUCCUGCAAAUAGCGUA